GGCCCGGGCCUUGGGUGAGCGUCCACGGCCAGCUGGGCAGCCUGGCACUGCGGGCAGCUGCCCUCAUUUUCAGAGGUGGUUUUGUCUGUCUGCCCCUUUCAUUUAGUAGAGGGGGUGUUACCUAACCUUUGACAUGGACAGAAAAAACAUAAACAUGACUCUGCCAUCACCAGACUGCAUGAAGAGGCCACACCCCAACACCGACCACCAGAGCGAAGGUUUCUGAAGACUUCAUCCUAGAGACGAUUGGAAGUUUUGAGAGGUACAAGGUACAGGGCUUCCCCGGAGGCUGGGAAAGAAGCGAACCGCUCAGGAACAGGCCCGGGGCCUGCGCCACUGCCGUGACGAGAACCACCCCCACAACUGAGAGAUGUGGGUCCUCGGGGGCCACGGCUCCCACCAGCGCCAGGCCGUGCUGCGGGUCCGAGCCCUGGGGCUCUGAACGACCCCCCCGGACCCUUGCCGUGGCCUCGCUGCCCACAGGCAUUUGCUGCUGAAGCCCCUGCUGCGGCCCCGAUGAGGAUGUGUGUCCCCGCUGGGGGGCUGCUCGCGGCCCUCACCGUGGUGCUCGGGGCAGCGGUGGCCUUCGCGCCCGUACCUAGGAUCACCUGGGAGCACAGAGAGGUGCCGCUGGUGCGGUUCCACCAGCCGGGCAUCUUCAACUACUCGGCCUUGCUGCUGAGCGAGGACCAGGACACCCUGUACGUGGGCGCCCGGGAGGCCGUGUUUGCUGUGAGUGCACUUGACAUCUCCCGGCAGCAGCACGAGGCAUAUUGGAAGGUCUCAGAAGAUAAACAGGCAAAAUGCGCGGAAAAGGGGAAAUCAAAACAGACUGAAUGUCUCAACUACAUCCGAGUGCUGCAGCCACUCAGCGCUACUGCCCUGUACGUGUGCGGGACCAAUGCCUUCCAGCCAGCCUGUGACCACCUGAACCUGACAUCGUUUCGGUUUCUGGGGAAAAAUGAAGAUGGCAAAGGAAGGUGUCCCUUUGACCCUGCACAGAGCUACACGUCUGUCAUGGUCGAUGGGGAGCUUUAUUCCGGGACGUCCUAUAACUUUUUGGGAAGCGAGCCCAUCAUCUCCCGAAACUCUUCCCACAGUCCUCUGAGAACGGAGUACGCGAUACCUUGGCUCAACGAGCCCAGCUUCGUGCAUGCCGCUGUCAUCCGGGAGAGCCCCGAGAGCCCCGAGGGCGGGGACGACAGGGUCUACUUCUUCUUCACGGAGGUGUCCGUGGAGUACGAGUUCGUCCUCAAGUUGAUGAUCCCUCGUGUAGCAAGGGUGUGCAAGGGGGACCAGGGCGGGCUGAGGACCUUACAGAAGAAGUGGACGUCCUUCCUGAAGGCCAGGCUCAUCUGCGCCAGGCCGGACAGCAACCUCGUCUUCAACGUGCUGCGGGCUGUCUUCGUCCUCAGGUCCCCAGGCCUGAAGGAGCCCGUGUUCUACGGGGUCUUCACCCCACAGCUGAACAACGUGGGCCUGUCAGCCGUGUGCGCGUACAACCUGUCCACGGCCGAGGCGGUCUUCUCCCGAGGGAAGUACAUGCAGAGCGCCACGGUGGAGCAGUCCCACACCAAGUGGGUGCGCUACAACGGGGCGGUGCCCGCACCUAGGCCCGGGGCGUGCAUCAACCGCGAGGCGCGGGCGGCCAACUUCUCCAGCUCCCUCAGUCUGCCUGACAAGACGCUGCAGUUUGUCAAAGACCACCCCCUGAUGGAUGACUCGGUGACCCCACUGGACAACAGGCCCAGGCUAGUCAAAAGCGGUGUGAACUACACACAGAUUGCGGUAGACCGGACCCAGGCCCUGGAUGGGACUGUCUACGACGUCAUGUUCAUCAGCACCGACCGGGGCGCCCUGCACAAAGCCGUCAGCCUGGACAACGACGUCCAUAUCAUCGAGGAGACUCAGCUCUUCCAGGACUUGGAGCCCGUGCAGACCCUGCUGCUGUCUUCCAAGAAGGGCAGAAGGUUCAUCUAUGCGGGCUCCAACUCGGGCGUGGUCCAGGCUCCCGUGGCCUUCUGUGGGAAGCACAGCACCUGUGAGGACUGCGUGUUGGCCCGGGACCCCUACUGUGCCUGGAGCUCGGCCACGGGGGCCUGCGUGGCCCUGCACCAGACCGACAGCCCCAGCAGGGGUCUGAUCCAGGACAUGAGUGGGGAUGCGUCCACCUGCCCCGAUAAAAUUAAGGAAAGUUAUCGGCAGCAUUUUUUCAAGCACGGCAGCACAGCGGAACUCAAAUGCCCCCAAAAGUCCAACCUGGCGCGAGUGGCCUGGAAGUUCCAGGACAGGGAGCUCCAGGCCGAGAGCCCCAAGUACGGCCUGGUGGGGAGGAGGAACCUGCUCAUCUUCAACCUGUCGGACGGAGACAGCGGGGUGUACCAGUGCCUGUCGGAGGAGAGGGUCAGGAACAAGACGGUCUUGCAGGUGGUGGCCAAGCACGUGCUUGAGGUCAAGAUGGUUCCACGGACCCCGGGGGCCUUCUCCUCCCCAGCCACGCGGACGGAAGGUGGCAGGAUCACCCCGGAGGUGUCGGCAGGGCCCGUCCAGGGCUCCUCUCCGCGGACCCCGGCAGUGCGGCUCACCACGCCUUCCAGCCUGGCGCCCACCAGCACAUCCUGCGAACCAAAGAUUGUCAUCAACACUGUCCCCCAGGUCCAGUCGGAGAAGACCCUGUACCUCAAGUCUAGUGACAACCGCCUCCUGAUGUCCCUCUUCCUCUUCUUCUUUGUCCUCUGCCUCUGCCUCUUCUCCUACAACUGUUACAAGGGCUACCUGCCCGGGCAGUGCCUGCGGCUUCGCUCCGCCAUGCUGCUGGGGAAGAAGCAGCCCGCCUCGGACUUCUCCGACUGCGAGCCGAGUGUGAAGGAGACGCUGGUGGAGCAGGGCAGCUUCUCCCAGCAGAACGGAGGGCAGCCCAGGCCGGCCCUGGACACCGGCUACGAGACGGAGCAGGACACCACGGCCAGCAGAGCGCCCACCGACAGGGAGGACUCGCAGCGGAUGGACGAGCUCCCGGCCAGGGACAGGCCUUUCGACGUCAAGUGUGAGCUGAAGUUCGCGGACUCGGAUGCGGAUGGGGACUGAGGCGUCGCCCACGGGGAGGCCUUUGUGUUCCCGUGCAGUAACCUCGUCCCGUGCCGCGCAGGUAGCCCAUUCUCCGCAGACCUCAGUCUCGUGUCUUUUCUCUUGGGUAGAACUCUCGUGACUUGGUUUCUCUUUGUCCUUUCGGAAAACGGCGAACAUGGCUCCCGGGCUCCGUGGGCCGGUUGGAGCACCGCGAGGCGCUGGCGGGCAGGGGGCCGUCCACCGGCCUGGCCUGGAGCAGGCGCACCUUGAGCGCCAGGCAGGAAGCAGCCACUGAAAGAUAGUUUCAUUCCAAUUGGAAACAAUGUUUUUAGUUUAUCAGAUUGGUAACUUGUCGCCUGUGGUCCGAUUGGCAGGAAGCUUUCUUCCACGUGAUGACUGUUCAGGAUGUCGCUGUAAUUGUGUUGAAGUGUUAGGCCAUUUAUUUUUUUAAGUUCCUAAAGCAGAUGUUUUAAUAUGUCGAAGAUGUUACGUCUCCUCGGUGUUGUUGUACGUGAGGAUACGAUGUGGCUUACGUUGCUGAAGAUUCUCAGGGAUAAACUUACUUUGCUGAAUGCGUUCUUUCUGCUUUUAGACAUGCAGACAAAGCGGUCUCUUGAGCACACUGACUUUUUAAAAAUUUGAUUCCUUAAGGGAAAGCGUCCUUUUUAGAUUUUCUUUCUCAUUUUAACUCUUGAAGAGAAGAAAACCCUGCCCGGUGUCCCGUGACCAUCGGGCAGGGUUUUGAGAAGGGACAGUGGCCCUGGGUAGAGCUGGGCUGGCCCAGAGCCGCGAGGAUGAGCGUUUCACAAUCUGUUGCUCAUGGUCACUGUCUGCAUGGUCUGGUCAUCUGAACAUCUCCUCCUUUUUGCUUCCAUUUCAUACCUCCUACCCACCCAGACUUUCCACUUGGCAGACCUGAGCCGUCACAGCUGGAAGAGAGCGGGGAGGGACUGGCUUGUGUGCACAGCCACCCCACAGCGCCGUGGCACACUGCCGUGGCACACCGCUGUGGCACACUGCCGUGGCACACCGCCUGGCCUGGCACGGUCUCACAGGUGUGAUGGCUGUGCCGUGGAACGUGGCCAUCCUCACAGUCCACCUCUCGCUGUCCAAACGCCCACAUGAGAAUAUUUUCCGUGGCAAAGAGCAAUAAACUGGAGUUUUGUGUGCCUGUGUGGACAGUCUCAUCUUCCGGCAUGAUAGGAUUCGACUGUUUCGGUGUAAACAUUUGUGUUUUAUAAGAUUUACUUUGUUUUUAUUUUUCUACUUUGAAUUGUAUACAUUCGGAAAGUAAUCAAAUAAACAAGCUUAUA